AUGUUUUCGUUUUUGUGGAAAGUUCCGAGUUCGGCAAUGGCUGAUGCAAUAUUUUCCGAAGCUUUUGCUUGUAUCGAACAAGGACUUUGUUAUGAUGAAGUUGAUGAUUUUGUGAGUUUUUUAAGAGGAGGGAUUUGGGAAAGAAAAUUUGAAUGCUUGCGAGGUUUUUACCUAGAAAAUUAAAAAAUGUAAUAAUUUAACCUGAAAUUUUAACUUUUCGAUAAAAAUUGAGUUUUUUCAGAAAAAAAUUAUAAAUUUUUCACUGUUUCAAAAUUUCUAGAACUUUAGUUUUCAAAAGUUGAUAAGUAGUUCCAUGGCUAACAGUAUUCUCGGAAUAAACAUUGAAGAAAUUCCAAAAAAAAAUCACGUUUUCAAAAUUAAAUUUUUCACGUAUUUUUUGUUGAGAAUUUGAUCAUUUCGAGAUUUUUUCACCAUGGAAACUGUGAGUUAAAAAAUAUUUGUUCAGUUAAAAUACCGAAUUUAGGCGGAAAAAUACUCUCACAUUUUUCCAGGAAAAUACGCUUGCGAUGUACGAACGAGGCCUGAAUUUGAUAAAUGAGGGCGAAAAGCAGAAAAAGGCCAAAAAAUCAGCACUUUAUCCAGUUUUACAAGAGGCUAAGAAAAGUGUGGAACAUAGGUGAGAUUUUUGGGAGAAAAUUUUGAAAAUCGAAGAAAUUCACUGUUUCAAAAAAUUUGUAAAUUUUCGAUUUGAUUUCCAUGAAUAUGGUUUUGAUUUACUUGAAUAAAAACAAUUUUUUUUGAAAAUUUUGACAAAAAUAUUUCAUAUAGAAAUGAAUCUGAAAAUUGGUUGGAAGCAUUUAGUUUUGAUUUUCUUGGCUGAAAUUUGAGAAAAAACGUUCAAAAAGUGAACUUUUCCAAUUCCAAAAAAUCUCAACUUUUCAGAAUAAAAACAAUGCGAAAAGACGGACCGAAACCAUCAAAAAAUGAAGAAAAAGCGAAAAUUGACGAUGAAAACUCUGUGGAAAAUGAAAAAGAGCAAAUUCGACAACAAUUGGAUUCGUUUGGAAGUCAAGAAGCUGAAUUGAUUUAUUUUUUGCCAGAAGGUGUUCAACUUUUUACAAUUGAUGUGAGGAUUUGGGGGAAUUUUGGGCUAGAAAAUGGGAUUUUUCAUGGUUUUUUACGCAAAAACAUCUAAUUUUGAUCCAAAAGUUAGUUUCACGAUAAAAUUCAAAAUUUUUGUUAGUUUUUUUGUUAAAAAAAGAUCUACGGAAGUUGUUUCAGUAAAAGUUGCAAGUCGCAAAUUUUCCGUUCAAAAUUCUUGAUUUUUAAGCCAAUAUCAAACUUUUGCAGGGUUCCUCGACAACUGCUCCAACCGAUCCAACUUCUCUGCAAAUCCUCAAAUUUCCAAAUUCCUCUGAAUUUUCGGAUUCUGAAAAUUUUGACACAAAAGCCUUUAUUCAAGUUGGACCAUGGGUUUAUCCUUUGAUGGGCGAAAAAACACCGAUUUUGAAAAAUGAGUUUGGAGCUUAUGUUUUGGCAAAUCCGACACCCGAGAAACCAAGUUAGUUUCUUUGUUGGUUAAUUUUUUUGAGGGAAAAAUGGUUUGAGAAGUUUAAGUUUUCAUGUUGAAAUUUCACAUUUUUUAUUGAGAGACUUCGGGAAUCAAUCUAGUCGAAAAAUAAAAGGAAAAAAAAUAAUAUUUUCAAAAUUGAGAAUCUCAAAAUUUACAUAUUUCCCCUUCAAAAAUUCUAAUUUUUCUUGCAGAUCUUAUGGUUGCAAUUCUUCUAUCUUCCGACAUCGAAUCUCGCCUUAUUCAAGAACUCGACCAAGUCCUUCAAGAAUUUUCGAAUUUCAAAAAUUCUCAAGAAGACCUUCCUCUCACCACUGAUGAAAAACAACGAAUCAGCACUAAAAUCUCGAAAUUCCUUAUAAAAAGUGGACAAAAAUUAGCGUGGGGAGUUGAAACAACUACGGUAAAAGUAGUGAGCCACGUGGAAGAGAAUGGCGAAAAAUAUCGAGAAAAUUUGACGGAAACUGAAAAACCGAUAAAUGUUUCGCCGAUUGUUAAAGGAAGUGUUGUUUAUAUGCAUAAAGGAACAAAAGUUGUGGCGAAAUGCACGAGAUAUUUAUGUGAGUUUAUUUUUAGGAGCAGCAAGGGGAGGAGGGUUGAAACUUCUUAAAAUCUGAAAAAUUGAAGUUUUUUAAAAUUUGUUGCAAACAAAAGCCAACAUCAUUUUGAAAACCCAUCAAAAUUAUAUACAAUUUUGAAACAUAAUUUUUUGGGGAAAAAUCUGCAUUUCGGUUAUUUUUGUUUAAAAUUUAAAAAAAACCUAUAAUCAUUUUUUGAAACAGCAAUGUUUUUCGAUAUUGAAAAAAAUCGUGAAUUUUUAAUUUUUGACUAGAAAAUCUCUCAAAAAAUUCUGAACUUUCUGAAACAGUGAAUUUUUAUAGCUCCAACUUCAUGGUAAUCAGAAAGAAUGAAAAUUUAAUUUUUCUGGGAAUUUUCAACAUCAAAUUAUUUUUAAAAAUCAAAGUUGAAUAUUUGAUUGCCAAUUUUUGCAGUAGACAAAAUUGGUGACAUUGGUGUGUCUAUGGGUAAAAAGUUGGCCGAUUCAGCUCAGAAAAAAUUCGGAGACGGAAAAACUGGUGGAUUAGUAUCGGGAACAAUUGAAAUAAUUGGAGGAGGAAUAACUGGAAUUAGUACAAUUUGGAUGAGUUUAGAAGAUGGAAGUAUUGCAUUAUGUCGAAGUAUUGCAAAUCAAACUGUCAAAAAUGUCAAAUUAAAAUAUGGAGAAGAAGCGAGUGAAACAACACAUCAUGCAUUAUUUGCGGCUGGACAUGGUGGAUUGGCAGCCGCACAGAUUUGGGAUUUGGGACCGAGAAGUGUUGCUGGAAGAAUGGCGAGAAAAGCUGGAAUACAGGUGAGGAAAUUAAGAGGAAUUUGGGAUUUUUCUGAGUUUAACGCUGAAAAUUCUAAAUUUUUCACUGUUUCAAAAAAUAUAGAUAUUUUUGAUGGCUUUUUCGAAAAUUAUUGAAUACCUAUUUGACAAAAAUUGAUUUUCGUAUCAUAAGAAUUGUAAAAUUUAAUUCUGAAAAUCCACGCGGCGAAAUGUUAAUCUGAAAAAUUUUUGCGGGAAAUUUCACUGUUUCAAAAAAUUUAGGAUCCUAGGAAUUUUUUAGUAUGAAAAAUGAUCCUAAAAAUCCAUGUGGCAAAAAAUAACCCAGAAAAAACCCGAAAUUUUAGGCCAAAUUUUCUUAUCCAAAAAAUCCCGUGAUUUUUGCAGAUGGUUCGAGAUUUGGAUCGAAAAGGAAGUCAAGCAUCAACUGCAGAACUCCAACUCAAAAAAUCGCUGUAA